UUUCGAGUGCCCAUACGAAAUACAAAUUGGGUUACAUUUCAUGCAAAAAUCAACUUUGCCAAGACCGAUUUCGAACGGACACAGCGUCAAACAGACCUUCACUCAAUCAUCAAGAGCCAGCUUAGAGCUGACAAUGGCCAGAGGAGAAGAAUUUACAGAGAACCACCAAUUCUUGCAGAAAGGUUGACACUCCUGGCAUCUCCACCACUGUUUUCCCGCGGUUUUCACAGCGCAGCUGCUUCUUCUCUGAGCCGACUAAAACAGCUUGCAGUUCGGCAACAAACUACGCUUUUGCAAGAAAUACUGGUGGAGGCACAUGCCAAACAUAUCCCUUCGGUGCUUUCGUCGUAACCGAGGGAUUGCAAGUUAGCAAUUAGCAGAAAUAUGUGUGUAUUUCGAGUCACCUCUGAUCAGUACGGACUUAGAGUACCCUCCGCGACACAAAAAUUUGAUAUGAAAAAUCAGCGAACUCCAGAGAAACAGAUCGGAUCGAAAGAUGGCCUGGUUCAAUCGAGCCUGGCCUCAGAACAAACUUGGACAAGAUACCUUCCAUCCACGAGCAGGAUUCUGGCAAGUGAUCAUUGCUAGUGUGAGUUUCAGCUCGACAAACACACACUGUAAAAGUGUACGGACUUCGAGUACCUGGGUCUACGAUCCGUAGAUCUACGAGUGGAGUGUAGAUGGAUCGUGCGAUAGUCCGGCAUUUUACCUUUGCAUUUUGUCAUUUUGUUCCAGUUGUAGUUUCUGCGCUGUUGAGUGUUCGGGAGAUCGUCAAAUUGCGAGUAGGUCGCCAGGGAGUAAGUGCACUACUCCCUGCGUUCUGCUGUGGUGCAUCCUCCCAAAUACGAAAGCAAUAAAUAAUUCAAGGCCCAGUGCGAAGAAUCGAGGUGGAAAGGAGGGCCACUUUCCCACAGCGUUGACGUGCACAAGUAAAUUUAAUAGUUGAGCGAAGUGAAGUGGUGGUAGUCUGCUUGUAUAAGAGUUGACGCGACAUCGCUGAGACCCAGCCGCAGUCUCAACUGGCAACCAUGUCCGUUACGGUGGAGCACGAUGAUGGUGGCGCUCCGAGCGCUGGCCAAUCGCUAGCACCCAGUGCCUUGCGAGGCCAAAAUAUCGAAGGUCGUGCAAGCUACAGGAAGAUGCUGAGUGGCUUCGUGACGGGUUUGGACGAUAUGCUGAACGAAUGGUGUGCGAAUAAUGCUGACUCUCCUUCGUCCACAAUGGAUAGGCGGUCUUUAGACAGUGACACUCCGCUGCCGACGGCAAGCGGGACGGUUGCUUUGGAUUCGCAACACAGUUCUCCUGGAGGGUCGCUGGAUGACUUUGUAGGCGAUGAGAAUGAUGAUAGUGCUCAUGAUGACAGUGGAUCUGAUGAUGAGGAUGAAGUAGACGGAGCAGAAGACUACAAUGCACCGUCGAUAGCUGCAAACUACAACUACCAUACUCUACUUCGUUCUGAUGAGCUGACCACUGUAGAGCGGCUGCACGCUUCGUCGGAGUUAUGGUUCUAUCCGACUCUCAGUCGUGCUGAUGCCCUCCGUAUGUUGGAGCACAAGGAAGUGGGUGUGUUCAUGGUUCGCAACAGCAGUAAACCGGGCAACUAUGCCCUGUCCAUGCGACAAGAAGACCCCAAUCCCUACAUACAGCACUAUCUCAUACAGCAGAAACGCAGUGGGCUGCAGGUGCAGGGUGCCGAACAUUACUUCGACUCGCUGGAAGACUUGAUCGCUCAUUACUGCGACUACAUCAGUGGAGGAAUGCCGACAAACGUGAUUCUGCCGAUUAGCGUUGCAGAGCCCUCCAAUCGUCAAUCUCUGCUAUUGGCAAUGGAGAAAGAGAGCGCCAUGCUCAAGCUUCUGGAAACAUCCGUGCUUAACCCUGGAGUACUGACAUCCGGUCAAGUGUCCUGUCUCCAGGCAGGCAUCACUGAUAUACGUCAUGACACAACGCGUGUAUGUCCUCCAAGGGCAUCUUUCCAGAAAAGCGUACGAAUGCCUCUCAUCCAGUCGCAGUUUGUGCCAACGCCCAAGACUUCACUGACGUGUCCGCCCGGCUCGAUGUCCUUGACGCGUGGUGACGUUGCACCACCACCGCUACCCAGGGACAAGCCUCCUGUCCUGCCGCCGAAAAGAAACCGAUAUGCAACCUCUGCAAUGCCGCAUCCUCAGGUGCCGCGCUCCAGGUCAGAGAUGUCACCCAAUAACACAAUGUCGAGCAGCCCACGAUCAGCUGAAGCAACCCCGCCACCUUUGCCACCGAAGCAGAAGACAUUGAAAACCAAGAAAACUCCACCGCCCAUACCACACAGAGCUGGCAUACCUGGAACCCUCUCCGAGGAGGAGGAUAACAUUGAAGAGCAGAUGCCAGCGCGGCGAAUGUCCUCUCACCAGCGUCGCUACACCAUCUCAUCCCUCGACAGAAAGUCACUGGCGCGCACUCGUGCCAAUAGUGAUGAAGUGGCUGCUGAAGAGGCGAAUUUAGUAGGUGAUUUGGACAAGGAUGAAGAUGGGUACUUGUUACCCGUUCAGAUUGAACAGGCAGCUGCCACUCUACAGCAACAGCAGCCGCCACGCCACCGUACUUCAACCGUUGGCAGCAUUCAGCGAGAAAAUGGCAGUGUGCGACCAUCCUCCAGAAGCUCUGGGUCCCAUGCGUACAUUGACAUUGAUCAGUUGGUCAUGGAGGACUCAUCACCGUCGACAUCACCUUUGGACUCCAGAGGAACAGCGCAAACGACUCCGUCUGUACACAUCCCUAACUCUAAACGGCCCAGUGUGGAUGAUGAUAACUUGACGGGUGCAAAGGUAAACGGCAAGGCACAGCGUAUCCUGGGCAUGGACGAUCCUGAACCCCGUCGAGCAAGCGCUCCGAAAGUGAAUCCCUCUGCUUGGAUAAAAAAUCGCGCAGCCAACUUGAGUGUCAUGUCUCGCUUUGGCAAGACUGCAACAGAGCGUGUUGUCAUUGGUAUCACAAAGUAUGCAGCGAGCAAGAACACCGUCCUGGGCCAGAACAUCGAUGUGUUCCUGACGACGGCAAACAGCAAGCCCCAUGAUGACAACCCGGUGAAGUUUGCCGAAGAGAUACGUGGCUUCAUGAAUAGCCUGAAGGGUUACCUGCUUGGCCCAGGCCGUCAGGAGCUCAAUGAGAUCAUUGCUCGCAGCUAUGACUUUGCUGGCGGUACCGAAAUCAAUGUUCAGUUCAUACUGGAGAAAGCGUUGCACAAGGCCGUGCUGAAGCCGCUGAAGCCGCUCGUAUACAAAUCCUUUAUAGAUAAUAUGUCCAGGGAUGGUACCUUGGCCAAUCUGAGGAACUGUAUGAAAGCCGGGAAGAGGAUGACUCCAGCCGACCUUGGUGUGAGAGAGCGUCUUAUUCCACCGCAGGGCCCUUCCUUGCAUCAGAUUGGUCAGCACCUGGUCAAGAUGCAGAAGGCCAUCUCACCCAACACGAAAAUCCAGCACAUGCUGGAUGCCAUCAAGACUAUCUAUAAGUCGGUCAAAGACACACAGUCGGAGAUUGCCAAUGAACAGCUAGUACUUGGUGCAGAUGACUUUCUUCCCAUGAUGGUGUACGUACUGUGCCAGCUGGAGGUCUGGAAGAUGGGCGUGGAGACGGAGUAUCUCUGGGCACUGCUGGAUAACUCUCUUACGGUUGGUGAAGGCGGUUACUACCUAACAACCAUGAGCUCAGCUGUGCAUGCUAUUGGCAGCCUUGCGUCACAGCCAGCUGUCUCACCCGAGCCGGCGGUGUUAACCUCGUCCUCGUCCUCCGCCAAGUUAAAACAACAGAUCUCCUCGGCUAGCAUGGUACCGAAUAAUACAAGUCGAAAGCCAGGCCAAGGGUCCGACGGGGAUGUACCAAGCAGCAAUGUGGGAUAUGUCAGCUCUUCAUCGCCACCUCUCAGCAUGGUCUCGCCGACUACGGGUGAUGUACGCCUGCCGUGCAUUGCAGACAUGCAGGGGUUUAUGCGAAUACACAUUGAUGAUCCAUCGGGCAGAACACUGUCUGUCCAUACUCUACCUGUCACAGUUGAUACUACCGUGGCGGACACAUGUCGCAUGGUGGCCAAGAAGUUUGACAUCAAGGAGCCAGAGAGGUUUGGCCUGUAUCAAGUUGAAGGAAAGAAAGCCACGCUUCUGAAGGCCACCGACAAGCCGCAGCUGAUCAAGGCUGACUGGUUGGCCGACAGUAGCAUGUAUGGUCAAGUACAUCCCGGCGUCGAGCGCUAUUUUGGUUAUCGGCAGCAGCACCUGAAGCACUGAGAGAACGGAGGACUGCUUGCUCUACUACGCGAUCCAGCCCGCCCGCAUGUUCCGGUCAGCAAACUGACGUUACCUGAGUUUUGAGCUGAACCAGUAUUCUAAUCUGUGAUCACUGCUAUAAGUUAUGGUUGUUUGUGACACCUCACCAUUUUAAAUCUUCUUCUUCCUUUGACCGAUCAUACCGAAAUUGACAGACUUAGCUUGAAUACUACUUUGAAGUGAUUAUUGUGUCAAUUACCACUAUACUCUAUACUCUGCACUCUCACAAUAACUAUGUAGGGCGAACGUCGCGAGUAUAGUUUCUGUUUGUUGACAAAUAUAGUUAUUUUUUGACUC